CCUCUCUCAUCUUUGCAUCGAAUUGACCAAUAGCAUCGCAAUGUCUCUUCCUAAGGCCGAAGAUCUCACCGCCACCUGGGUGUACGUGGAGCCCGGCUUGGGCCACAUCUUGGGCUCAGAAAACGACCAGGGCGUCACUUCCCAAAUGUACAUGAAUAUCUACACGGCCAUAUACAACUACUGUGUCAACAAGUCGCGCUCAUCCUCGUCAACCUCCGUCAACGGCAACAAGUUCUUGGGCGGAGCGGAGAUCUACCAGCGCCUCAAAGAGUAUCUCUGCGGCUACGUGCUGGGGCUCAAGCGCCGCGACGACGAGACGUUCCUUGAGUUUUACGUGCGCCGCUGGGUCCGUUUCAGUAUAGGUGCCGGCUACCUCAACAACAUCUUCGACUACAUGAACCGCUACUGGGUUAACAAGGAGCGCACGGACGGCCGCCGCGACGUGUACGACGUCAACACGCUCUGCACGCUCACGUGGCGUGACUACAUGUUCACACCGCAUGUGGACACCUUGGUGUCGGAGUUGUUGGCGCAGAUCGAUGCGCAGCGCAACAACGAGAUCGUCAAUGCGUACAACUUGAGCAUCGCCAUCAAGUCGUUCGUCACGUUGGGCAUCGACACGCAGGACUUGAAGAAACCCAACUUGUCCAUCUACGUAGUCAACUUCGAGCAACCGUUCGUGGCGGAGACCGCCAAGUUCUACGCGGACGAGUCCGCGCGCUACUUGGCCGCGCACUCCGUGGUCGACUACCUCACCAAGUGCGAGACGCGCUUGAACGAAGAGGCCACGCGCGCCAAUACAUACCUUCAUGAGCACACUAAGAAACCGUUGACCGAGGCGUUGAACAAGACCUUGGUCGAGGCCCAUACUGCCGCCAUGUACAGCGAAUUCGCGCGCUUGCUCGAGCAGACCGAAACCGAGCACAUCUUCAAGAUGUACAAAUUGUUGAACCGCAUCCCCGCCACGUUGGACCCGUUGGCUGUGACGUACCAGGUGUACGUGCAGCUGGAGGGGUUGAAGGCGCUCGAGGCGUUAAAGGCGGCGGACGACGAGGCCAAGGGUGUCAACCCGAAGAACUACGUCAAGACUUUGAUCACGGUGUAUGACCGCUUUGUCCGAAUUCUUGACUCGGCCUUUAACAACGACGCCAAAUUUGACAAGGCCUUGGACGACGCGUGCCACGCCUACAUCAACAGCAACCCCAUCGCUCUUCCCAAGCCCAAGGGCACGUCGCGCACGCCAGAGCUCUUGGCAAAGUACUGUGACAUGUUCCUCAAGAAGAGCAGCAAGGAGUCUGAGACCGCGGAUAUGUCUGUGGACGACAUCAUGGUGAUUUUCAAGUUUAUCAACGAUAAGGACGCGUUCGAGACGCAUUACCGUCGCUUGCUCGCCAAGCGCUUGAUUCACAACACCUCCAGCUCUAACGACCACGAGGAGCUCAUUAUCCAGAAGUUACAGGACGAAAACUCGACCGAGUACACCUCCAAGAUGUCCAAAAUGUUCCAGGAUGUGCAGCAAUCGACCGAGUUGAAACUCAGCUUCCGCGAGGCAGUCGAAAAGGAUCCGGCGGUGCAGCGCGCCGUGGUGCCCGACUUUACGCCGUACGUCUUGGCAGAAACCAUGUGGCCGUUCACACACACCAAGUACGAGACGUUCAAGUUGCCAGCCGCGUUGCAGCCGACGUACGAUAAGUUGCAAGAGAUGUACCAGGCCAAGCACCAGGGUCGCCAGUUGAAGUGGCUCUGGAACCUCUGCCGUGUGGAGUUGAAGGCCAACUUGAGCAAGCCGGGAAAGCCGCCGUUCAUUUUUAGCAUGCACUUGUUGCAGAUGGCCGUGCUCUUUCCGUUCAACGAGCGUGAGACCUACACGUUUGCCGAGUUACAGGCCGCCACCGGGCUCGACUUGGACCACUUGGAGGGCUACCUCGCGGCGUUUGUCAAGCACCGGUUGUUAGCGCAGAGCCCUGCCGCCACCAUGGGUCCGGAGACCGCCUUCACGGUUGUCAAGGAGUACAAGUCUAAAAAGUUGAAGGUGAACUUUGCCACCACCCUCAAGACCGAGGCCAAGCAGGAGAGUGACGACGCCCAAAAGGAGAUUGACGAGGACCGCAAGAUAUUCUUGCAGGCGUGCAUUGUCAGAAUUAUGAAGGCCCGUAAGACCAGCAAGCACGGCGCCUUGAUCAACGAGGUUAUUCACCAGUCGCAUGCGCGCUUCCAUGCCGCCAUCAGCGACAUCAAGAAGUGCAUCGACGUGUUGAUCGAGAAGCAGUACUUGAGACGUGUCGCGGCCGAUGAGUACGAGUACAUGGCGUAGAACACACUGUAUAAUAUAUUUUACCAAUGAGUCUCUGUAGCACGGAUGGGGAGGUGUGUAUGUUAAUCCUAAGCCACCACGUGCUACGUUUUGGAAUCUAAUACGAUGUGGAUUGCAUACAUAUUUACAAUUCAAUAUAGGUAUAUAUCCC